ACGCGGAACACGCGGUCCGCGCGGCAUUACGUCGCGCACCGCCGACCGCGACUGACGUUUGAUGCGGGAGAGAGUUGAUGGUCGCCCCACCGUCGAUUGUCGACUGCGAUCACGAUGACGCGGCCGUCCGUCGAAGGAAACGUCAGUGGGUGUUACGCAGGAAAAGUGCGCCGUUUGUUCCGUGUGUAAUGCCGCGUGACGUUAUUAUCGGAUUCGUGGAAUCGACGUCUGGACCGUUGUCGUCCCGUUGGCAACAACCUGUCGGAAUAGAUCGCGAUCAAACGAGGAUAGGCAGUGCCGCUGGCGAUUGAGUGUCCCGAGAAAUAGAGAGAGAGAGAGAGAGAGAAAGAAGGAAAUAAAUACGAACACGCGGUGACGAUUAUUAACCGAUCGUUGAAUAAACUAUUGAUAGACAGUGAUAAAUGUACUUUUAAUCGCCGGACUCUCUACGGUCACGCGUCGCGUAAGAAAGUGCAACGGUACAUCGCGAGAAAACAGUUGCCGCGUCGGAUCAUGAGGCAAAACCGGAACCGGUGAUUCCGCGGUUCGAAACUCCCGCCUGUAACUAUGACGAUCUCGCGAUCAAUGGUGAGAAUCGAUGCAAUCGUCGAGGAAGAAGAACGACUGAUCAGUUACGUACGGCGUGCGACACGCCGGCAAUACGCCUGCCGGGUAGAUUGGUAGCAAGAGGGAGGACGCAAAGUCGCCUUCGUCGGCGAGAAUCCUAAGUGAAAAUCACGACGUCCCGGCCGGGGAGCACAUCCUUGGGCGACGUUGGGCGGCUACUGGCCGAUGGGAUGCAUCUACCGGUGGGUUCCGUGGGCUGCGGGGAGAAUUACGGCACCGUUGGAUCCCACGAAGGCGCCGGCCCGUGCGGUCCCUCCCUGGCGCCGCUGCAAGGUGUAAACAGCAGGUACCACCAGGUAGACGACGUCGACGCCGGAGGUGGAGGCGGCGAGAUGAGCGAGAGUGCCGCCGUCGGCGAAUUGUGGUGGACCGAAAGACUCGUCGGCGAAGCGCAGGCCGAACAUCCUGGAGAACUAGUUAGGACAGGAUCGCCGUACUUUUUAUGCAGUCAGCUGCCAACGCAUUGGCGGUCCAACAAGACGCUUCCAGUGGCGUUCAAAGUAGUCGCUCUUGGGGAAGUUGGCGACGGGACUUUGGUGACGGUUCGCGCGGGCAAUGACGAGAACUGUUGCGCGGAACUACGAAACUCCACCGCGUUGAUGAAGAAUCAAGUCGCCAAGUUCAAUGACCUUAGGUUCGUCGGUAGGAGCGGUAGAGGAAAGAGUUUCAGCAUCACCAUUACCGUGUCGACAACGCCGCCCCAAGUGGCGACCUACACGAGGGCGAUUAAAGUAACCGUCGAUGGACCACGGGAGCCGCGAUCGAAAACGAGACAGCAACAUCAGCAAUUCCGUGCGCUCGGCCUAGGACAAAGACCUUUCCUCGACGCGCCGACCUCGUUCAGGUCCCACCUGCGAGAACUCGAAUCUUUCGGGAGGAAUAAGCAUCACCAUCAUCACAGUGGCAGUCACUUACACGACCAGCAGACCGGCAACAAUGUCACCGCGAAUUCGGUUAGCGGUGCCUGCACCAACCCCAACAACACCGACCCGACCGCAUCGCCGGCUUCCAGUACACACCUCGGGGCUACUGGCGGCUCCUCUGUUCAUCAGGAUUGCUACAAACGCAGUCCUCAACAUGGCGAUACGGGCGUAGGUACCACGGAAUGGACUUAUCCAUCCACAGCGCCGACUUAUCCGGCUCCCCCCGUCAGCAGCAGCGGAUCUUAUUCCCCUUUACCAGGCGGUGCGUUCUCGUAUCCCGGAGAAUCAUUGUCGCAUCAUCCGACGACGGAACCAGUACCGUUGCCAACCGUGCUUUCCUCGGAGAAUCAGCAGGAUACCUACACGCCGAACUGCGUGUCCAUGUACUCGGGACACGGCACUUCGCCGACCACCUCCUUGCCGCUGGUGCCGACCAGACCCAGCGACCCUGACAUCUUCGCCGGCAGUGGUACGGGCAAUGCGGGCAGUCCCGGUUAUCACUACGGUUCCUGGACACCUGGUCCGGCCACUCCGGUCCCGGUUGCUUCCCACAAUUACAAUCCCAAUUAUCAAGGUUACUACAACAAUCCGAGUCAGAAUUACAUCACAGGUCCGGCACCUAUGGUCCUCUAUCCUCAACUCUACAGCACCGUCAAUCAGAACCAGAUUCAUUUACACCUGCAUGGCGAUCUGAGCGAGGAACAAGUCACUAUAGCAGGUGGUAAUCUCACCAUCAGCAGCAUCCGAGAGAUCGGCGUGCUUGGGGAAGAGAGCGAGCAGAGAAACGAUGUAUGGAGACCAUACUAAGAGAAGAAGAGGUAUCUACCGAUAUGAUUAUAUAAAAUCGUCAGCGACGUUAUCGUGCGUGAAUUUUUAUUUCGCGAGUUUCUGAUUGUGACAGUGUAAUCUUUGGUUAGUGCAGUGACGACAUAUAAAUAUUGAACAAAGAUAGCAGGAUGUACGUGGAAUCCCCUUUUUGGGAGGAAAAAUGUGCGCAAGACACUCCGUCAUUUGCUGUCAGCCAGCUCCUUCGCAACCAUCCGUGCGAGUUGUUGAGCAACUUUAAGAGCUCAUUGUCAGUUGGAAUAAGCGAUAUCCGGUGUUUCGUGAGUAAGUGAUCGCGUAUGAAAGUGAAAAUUAUUGACUCGUUCAUGUCGAAUAUGUGAGAUAAAGUAGAGAAACUUUUGGUUAAAAAAAAAAAAAAAAAAUGCACAACUUAUGAACAAUCAACGAGAAGAUCAACGGGUAGAUCUCGAAUAUCUCUCUCGAUCCAUCUUAAUUAAUCGAAACGUGAGACUAAUCAGUGACUGUUUGCUCGUUUUCGAUAUAAAAUCGAGCCUGAGAAUACCGUUUGAUUCUUGAUAUUAGUCAAACGCUGUAACGUUGUAAAUAUACAAAUAUUUUCAGAAAUGAAAUAAAGUCUGGCCCGAUAGGUU